AUGGAGCAAGAAAACUUACUUGUGAGGCCUGUCUCACCUCAAGACCAUAUCUACAUCAAUCAGGUAUUUGUAAGGCUUGUCUCACCUCCCUACAUUAUCUAUAUCAAUCAGGUAUUUGUAAAGCUUGUCUCACCUCCAGACCAUAUCUACAUCAAUCAGGCAUUUGUAAGGCCUGUCUCACCUCCAGACAAUAUCUACAUCAAUCAGGUAUUUGUAAGGCCUGUCUCACCUCCAGACAAUAUCUACAUCAAUCAGGUAUUUGUAAGGCCUGUCUCACCUCCAUACAUUAUCUAUAUCAAUCAGGUAUUUGUAAGGCUUGUCUCACCUCCAGACCAUAUCUACAUCAAUCAGGUAUUUGUAAGGUUUGUGUCACCUCCAGACCAUAUCUACAUCAAUCAGGUAUUUGUGAGGCCUGUCUCACCUCCAGACCAUAUCUACAUCAAUCAGGUAUUUGUGAGGCCCCUCUCCAGACCAUAUCUACAUCAAUCAGGUAUUCGUAAGGCUUGUCUCACCUCCAGACCAUAUCUACAUCAAUCAGAGCCUUCGGUUAUCUGCAUCUCCGGUCCAAAUUCGACCUCAGCAUUGUCAAAUACAAAAAACCCAGGGACAAGUUUAACGAGCCAUGGAGAUAAAUCAAAGUUAGGUCCGACAGGGACAAGUUCAACGAACCAUGGAGAUAAAUCAAAGUUAGGUCCGGCAGGGACAAGUUCAACGAGCCAUGGAGAUAAAUCAAAGUUAGGUCCGACAGCUUAUACAGAUGUGGAACCACCUCUAAAACGGAGAAGAAUUGAAGAAAAAAAUAACACUACUAAAGAUGACAGUCAAAUCUCACGUUGCCCUGGACACAAUAAAAAGUGUUCCCUGAGAGAAGUGUUUAAGAAGGGAGAUAAUUAUGGACGCUGGUUCUUCUCCUGUUCUGUUAGAGGAAAACAGCAAUGCAAACAUUUCAAGUGGGCCGAUGAGUUGUUUCCCCUGUGUGAGGCUCACAAGAAGAGGUGUACUUUGCGGACAGUGGUGAAACAGGGACCUAACAAUGGACGUCAGUUCUUUGUGUGUGCUGUAGCCAAGAAAAGCAGCAAAGUCAAGUGUGACACUUUUAAAUGGGCUGUUGGUUUUGAUGUGAAAUGAGUAUCAGAUACUUUACAUAGUUAUAUACUUAUACUUCAAGUCACAACUUAAAUCCAUUUCAUGUGGAAAUCUUAACUCAACCUCCUGUAGAUAACUAAACUAAACUUUUAUUUGUUUCAGAAAUAAAGACAUUAAGAUGAAA